AUAAAAGCAAUCCCGUUGGAGUCGUCAACGAGAAGGCCCCUUCAGCCGCCCGGCUGGCCUGGGGACAGCACCGCUGGAGGAGGGUCCGACUCCGCCGGGGGAGUGGAGCCGGGAGCGCCGCCCCAGCGGGAGGGGACGGGAGGGGACAGGAGGGGACGGAGGGCGGCUGUCGCAGCCCCGGCGGGCUGAGCCCGGCCAUGGCCCAGCAGGAGCCGGCUGAGCCCGGGGCUGCGGGGAGCGGCCCCGUGCAGAUCCGAGUGGCCGUCCAGGCAGCCGCGGAGGAGGAAGAGCGGGAGGAGGAAGAGGAGGACGAGGAGGAGGAGAGGGGCGGCGGAGCGCUGUGCCCCAGCUGCAGCGAGGAGGACUCGGGGCGGUGCGGGCGCUCCAGUGGUGGGGAAAACGAUGACGACUCUGAGCAAAACUGGAAACCACCAGAAAAUGACCUGAUCCAGAAAUUAAUAGCACAGAUUGAAUAUUACUUCUCAGAUGAGAACCUUGAGAAAGAUGCCUUCCUCCUGAAACAUGUGAGAAGAAAUAAGAUGGGCUAUGUCAGUGUUAAACUCCUCACUUCUUUUAAGAAGGUGAAACACCUCACCCGUGACUGGAGAACCACGGCCUACGCACUGAAGCACUCGGGCACUCUUGAGCUCAACGGUGACAACAAAAAGGUUCGAAGGAAGACUCCAGUUCCACUGUUUCCAAGUGAAAACGUCCCUACCAGGAUGCUGCUGGUGUAUGACAUCCACAUGAUUUCUGAGCUGCAGCUUCUUAAUAAGCAAGAAAACGGAUGCAUGCAAGAAAGGAUAAUGGAGCAUCUCCUCAAAGCCUUUGUAACUUUUGGUGUCAUUUCAUCAGUUCGUAUUCUCAAGCCUGGCAGGGACCUACCACCUGAUAUCAGGAGGGUCAGCAACCGGUACACCCAGCUGGGAACUCAGGAAUGUGCAAUUAUAGAAUUUGAAGAAGUAGAUGCUGCCAUACGUGCUCAUGAUUCAAUGUGCACCGAAAAGAGAGAGACUGGCAUGAAAGUUGUCCUCAUAGGAAUGAAACCGCCAAAGAAAAAAGUUCCCAAAGACAAGAACCACGAUGAAGAUUCCAGCAAGAGUCUUAAGAAGACUCGAUCCCUUAAUAAGAGAGUGGAGGAACUUCAGUUUGUUGGUGAUGAAUCUUCAGCAAACAGCUCUUCUGACCCAGAGAGCAAUCCCACAUCCCCACUGUCAGGGCGCAAACGUACUGCAGCAAACACUGCGAGUAAUUUGAGCCCCAUCAUUCAUCCAAAUAACCAUUUGAGUCCUAAUGUGUCACCCAGAUCAAGUCCUUGGAACAGUCCAUCUUCACUGAGGAAAGGAACAAAAAAAUCUCCGCUGGCUGAAGACAGUAAGCUUAACCCAAGCACUAGCCCUGAAAUUCCAAGGAAAUGUGCAGAUUAUUCCUCGGAUAGCAGCAUCACCCCUUCUGGGAGCCCCUGGGUACAGAGAAGGAAAGCCCAAACUCUCACACAAGAGAAGAGUUCCAGCAGCAGUCCCAUGUUGGUUAGGAAAAUACAAAAUGCAGACGGUCUCCCUGUAGGGGUACUGAGGCUGCCUAAAGGUCCUGAUGGCACCAAGGGAUUCCACAAUGGCUGUGAAAGAAGGAAGGCUAUGAAGAGUGAAUAAACUCUUAUUUAAAAACAGGCUCACAAGUCAGCCAACUGCUGGUGACCAAGCCUGGUGAAAAACUGUCACUUCAGUGACUGAGUUAAGUCAGUAUUUAAUUUUACAAGCUUUUGUAUUCAUAUAGAGACUUUAUCAUUUGUAUAUUUGGAUAUUUUCUCCACAGAACAUGUGAGGUUGGAAGGCAUCUCUGGAGAUUGCCCAGUCCACCUCCUUGUCUCAAGCUACAAGAAGUCACUGAGCAGUUUGAGCAUCUGUGAAGACAGAGACUUCCCUGCCUGUUCAGGUGAUAUGUUUCCAUGUACAACCACAGAAGUGUUUCUUUACAUUCAGGUGCAAUUUCUGUGUUCCAGUUUGUGCCCCUUUUCCCUUUUACUGGGUAUUGCUGAGAAGGGCCUAGUUCCGUGUUCUUUACUGCUUCCCAUCAGGUGUUUAAAAACACUGAUGAGAUCUGGCCCCAGAGCCCUCUCCUCUCCAGUCUGACCUGCUCUCUAGGCCUCACAGGAUGGACGUGCCAGCCUUUUAAUCAGCUGAAUCGCUUCGCUAGUGCACUGCCCUUACCUGCAUCCGUUCCUUUAAUGUAUUAUUUUGAAAUGCCUAAACAUCCAAACAGACCUAUAAGUCAUUCAUGUACUACAUCAUUUGCAGAGCUGGGAUCCUGAAGAGCAGUGUGUAAAUACUUACAGUUUAGUGGCUGUGUUAUGAGAAGGGUGGUAUGUUACCAGUCUCAUCAUAAGGAGUUGAGGUUUUGAAGACUUUCUGUGUUUGCCUCAAAAGGAACUGAGAAAGUUACGCCACAGCGAGCAGUUGUUCUCAUGUACACUGCCAAAGCAGUAUUUUUUAGUAGGACCAGUGUGUAUUUUCAUGUGAUGUGAGUAAAGACUGAGCAUUGGAGACUGCUCUGUAAGUGUUCUCUCAUGUAAUCAGAUGGAAAUAAACAAAAAUAUUACCUCA